UUAAGCUUCAUUAGAAGAGAAGGAGAUGGAAACUGCACUCCUGAUUGGAAUGGGUUUGGAUAUUGUUUGGCUAUUUCUCAGGUUCAAGUGGGGCAUCAUCAACAGCAGCUCCUACACUGCCACCGUUGUCUCCGACCAGCAGCACCAAUGUCCCCACUGCAAUCAGCUUCUAUAGCGUUGACAUGAACUUUUCACUUUUCUACACAACUGAGAGAGCUCCUGAUUACUACGAUGCAAGGAAGCUUACAGAAAACUGGUUCGGUGUCAUAUUUGCAGGCGAAGAAUUAGUUGUGACGAACUUUAAAAUCAGGAGUAACUCUCCACAAAACAGUGUGUACAAGAGGACCCAUAUGAAGGCAAAGCAGAUGUCACAAAGUUAUGUUUGUAGGGCCAUUAUAAAGGUCACAUCACGUGAAACACAAGAAGUGCUGAGUCUCAAGAUAAAACAGCUGCUGAAUGACACUUACGAAGACGGACUGCUGUCAUUAGAGGUGGAACCUGGAGAUGUGGCUGUCAGACCAAUAGUACUAACGGAUUGCCCAGAAAGUGUUUCACAGACCAAAUACAAGGGCAGCUAUUCCUGGCCACAAACAAGUCCAGCUGCCAUAGCGGAGGUCAGCUGCAGGAAAAAUCCUCUGCAGUCUGCUCGGAGGAGCUGUGCAAUUAAUAUUGAUCUUGAGAAAUCUUUUUGGAAUAAACCAAAUAUGUCUGAAUGUAAAUUACUAGAAGAACUUCCAAGUAAUAUCCUGGAUCUUCAUAAUGUCAGCAUAACAGAGGAGAAUGCACAAGAUGUUGUACAGCAUAUUUUAUAUCUCUUGCCGGAUGCAACACUGGAUAUGGAAGAACUAGAAGUUAUUGGAAAUAAAAUUUCUGAUAUCGUGAAGUUUGCAGAUUUAAGUGUGUCUCUUGCAGAGGCUAUAUUGACUAUACUGGACUAUAUUUUACUUCAAGAAAUAGAGGAUCUGAACAUCAGAAAAAUGACCAAUAGGAUCCUGAAGACAACAGAGGAGAUAGGCUAUAAGCUGGCUCACACAGAAAGAAACAUGUCAGUCGUAACCACGUCCUUUGCUUUGUUGGUGAUGCAUCCGGAUCCCAGCGUGUUUGAAGGAGUGGCCUUCGGUGUCACCUCGUACGACCACGGAGGGGAUAUCAAGAUCAGUGUUCAAGAAAAUCCAUUUGAAAACGCCUUGGCCUCGGUGCGUUUGCCGAAAUCACUGAAGACAUUCUUAGGGGACAACCAUGCUGACCCAGAGACGUAUCCAAAGAUCCUGUUCAAUUUUUUUGGCACGACUUCACUCUUUGUGGAUGACAGCUUACAGAAGGAGAGGCUGAACACUUACGUUGUGAGUGCCAGCGUUGAAAAUUCACUGAUUCAGAACCUUAACGAACCUGUGAAUAUAACUCUUCAGCACAUCAACAAAAAUACGGGUAAUGCAGUAGUGCACUGCGUCUUUUGGGACUUUCUGAAGAACAAUGGACUGGGUGGUUGGAAUACAACAGGGUGUGAAACGGAAUAUACAGAUAUGAAUUACACAAUCUGUUUUUGUAACCAUCUUACCCAUUUUGGAGUCUUGCUGGACUUGUCCCGGGCAGAGAUAGAUGCCACAAAUGAUCGUGUAUUAACUCUGAUAAGCUAUGCAGGAUGUGGCGCUUCUUCCCUUUUUUUGGCUAUAACACUGGUGACAUACCUAGCCCUUGAAAAGCUGAGGAGAGAGAAUCCUGCAAAAAUCCUGCUGAACCUCUGUGCUGCCCUGCUGAUGUUGAAUGUGGUCUUCUUGGUCAACCCCUGGCUGUCCUCCUACAAGCUGCCGGCUCUCUGCAUCGCCGUGGCUGCGCUCCUGCACUAUUUCCUGCUGGCAGCUUUCACCUGGAUGUGCAUGGAAUCUGUCCACCUCUACUUGGCUCUCAUCAAAGUUUUCAACGUUUACAUCCCAAAGUACAUCCUAAAAUGCUGCAUUGCUGGGUGGGGAAUACCAGCAAUUGUGGUCAUUAUUGUGCUCAUUAUCAAUAAAGAUUUCUAUGGUAAUGGAUCACAGAGUGAGAACAAUCCAUUCAGCAAUUUUUGCUGGAUUCAAGAUAAUGUGGUGUUCUACGUCUCUGUUGUGGCCUAUAUCUUCUUGGUGUUUCUGACAAACACAGCCAUGUUCAUCACCGUUCUCCUCCAAAUCCACUCUAUGAAAUCGAGGACGCAAAAGAGACCCAAAUUCUGGAAACGACUCUUUCUCCAGGACCUCAAAAGUGCUUUCAGCUUGAUGUUCCUCUUGGGCUUAACUUGGAGCUUUGCAUUUUUUGCCUGGGGAGUAGUGAGGAUAUUUUUCUUGUAUCUCUUCAGCAUUUUUAACACUUUGCAAGGGUUCUUUAUUUUCGUGUUUCACUGCCUAAUGAAGGAAGAUGUAGUGAAGCAGUGCCGAAUACACUUUUGCUGUGGGAGAUUUCAUCAGAAUAAUUAUUCUGGCUGGAAUGGGUCAGGUACAACUGCUACAUCUACACCAAGACCUUUAAACCACAGUUCCCCUUCCCUGGCUUUGUGGAAUCCAAAUUCUAAUGGAACAAGCUCAACUUUCAGUUCAGAUACCCUCCCUGGGACUUCUCCAAAUAGGAGUUUUAGGAUUGAUGAAGUUCAUUACAACCCAAGUGCUAUAACUCCAGAAGAUGAAGAAACCAAACGUCCUUAUUCACAAAGAAUAUCACCCAUGGACACAGAGCUGCGCUAUCCACAGAAAGCAAGAUUUUUUCGUUGAUGUUGCAUUUGUUUUCUUCUGAUUAUCUGUUGGUGGU